AAUGAACAGCCAUCUCUUUCGCUCAACACUCAUCUUGUAGCCUUCAAGCCUCUUCUCAGUGAAUCGAUAUGUCAAAGCAUCACCCAGAUCUCAUCAUGUGCAGGCGACAACCUGGUAUUGCUAUUGGACGACUAUGUGAGAAAUGUGACGGGAAAUGCCCAGUAUGUGACUCAUAUGUCCGGCCAGAAACACUCGUACGCAUAUGUGACGAAUGCAACUUUGGCACGUACGGAGGAAGGUGCAUUAUAUGUGGUUCUCCUGGAAUCUCAGAUGCAUAUUACUGUGCUGAAUGCACUCGGUUAGAAAAGGACCGCGAUGGUUGUCCUAAAAUCGUAAACUUGGGUGCCAGUAGAACGGAUCUGUUCUAUGAGAGGCGUAGGUUAGGGUUUAAGAAAGGCUAGAAAUAUCCAUUUCAUGUAUUUUAC